GCUCCAACAACAACCACAGCUGCUCUAACAACAACCACAGCUGCUCUAACAACAAACACAGCUGCUCUAACAACAACCACAGCUGUCCCCACAACAACCACAUGUUCCCUCAUAACAACCUCAGCUGCUGCUACGACGACAACAGCUGCAGCUACAACAACCAUAACUGCUCCAACAACAACCACAUCUGCUCCGCUAACAACCACAGCUGGUCUCACAACAACCACAGAUGCUCCCACAUCAACCACAAUUUCUCUCACAACAACCACAGCUGCUCCCACAACAACCACAGCUGCUCUCACAACUACCUUAGCUGCUCCUACAACAACCAUAACUGCUCCAACAACAACCUCAGCUGCUCCCAAAACAACCAUAGCUGCUUUCACAACAACCACAGCGGCCCCAACAACAACCACACCUGCUCCUACAACAACCACAGCUGCUGCUUACACAACAACAGCUGCGGCUAUAACAAACAUAACUGCUCCAACAACAACCACAGCAGCUUCCCUAACAACCACAGUUGCUCCCACAACAAUCACAGGUUCUCCCACAACAACCACAGUUGCUCCCACAACAACCACAGCUGCUCCCUCUACAACCACAGCUGUUCUACAAUCAGCCACAGCUGCUCCCACAACAACCACAGCUUCUCCCACAACAACCACAUCUGCUCCAACAACAACAACAGCUACUCUAACAACAACCACAGCUGCUCUAACAACAACCACAGCUGCUCCCACAACAACCACAGCUGCUGCUAUGACAACAACAGCUGCGGAUAUAACAACUCUAACUGCUCCAACAACAACCACAGCUGCUCCCCUAACAACCACAGCUGGUCUCACAACAACCACAGUUUCUCCCACAACAACCACAGUUUCUCUCACAACAACCACAGCUGCUCCCACAACAACCACAGUUGCCCCCACCACAACCACAGCUGCACCCAUCACAACCACAGCUGUUGCACAAACAGCAACAGCUGCUCCCAUAAUGACCACAACUUCUCCCACAACAACCACAUCUUCUCCCACAACAACCCUAGCUGCUCCAACAACAACCACAGCUGCUCCAACAACAACUACAGCUGCUCCAACAACAACCACAGCUGCUCCAACAACAACCACAUCUGCUCCCCUAACAACCACAGCUGCUCCCACAACAAUCCUAGCUGCUUCCACAACAACCACAGCUGCUGCUACGACAACAACAGCUGCUCCCAUAACUACCACAGCUGCUCCCACAUCAACCACAGCUGCUCCCACAACAACCUUAGCUGCUCCCACAACAACCACAGCUACUCCAACAACAACCACUGUUGCUCUGACCACAGUUACAACUGGUUCCUCAACUACUAUCAGAACAGCUGCCCCUCCACCACCAGAGGUUAAGUUGGGCUUCAAAUUGGAGCAAAACUUCCAAGCAGAUUUGAAAAAUGUUUCUUCACCAGCGUUCAAAGCAUUAGCAAGUACUUUGGCUACAGAGCUGGACACAGUUUAUCGAAACAAAUAUGGAUCCAGUUUUAAUCGCACAGAGGUUCUAGGUUUCAGUCAAGGUUCGGUUGUGGUAGAUGCUAAGCUGAUAUUUAACAAUGCCAGCUCAGUCCCUGAGUCCAGUGCAGUGGUUGAAACCUUGAUAGAGAAUGUCUCAAGCAACAGCUCUUAUUUCUCUCUCCCAGUGAACACAACUUCUAUCGUGGCAACAAGAGUCGUUUCAACCUCAGCUACAACUACUACUUCUACUCCAGAUCCUCCAAUAUCAACACCAUAUACGGUCAUGAACGCAACUUCAGCCCCCUCAAACAGGUCAACUACAAAUAUGGUUGUCAAUGCAACAUCGGCUCCUGUGAAUCUGUCAACUACACACAUAGUGCCCAAUGGACCAUCAGCGCCCAUAAAUGUGUUAACAUCAGCCCAAAAUGCUGUCAAUGUCACAUCAGGACCUGUAACACAAAGCAAUACAACUUCAACACUAUCAACUACAACCCCAUCUUUGUCAACUACCCCAAUAGUCAACACAACAGCUCCUUCAACUGCCCCCAUAGUCAACACAACAGCAACUCCAACUACCCCAGUAGUCAGCACAACAGUUCCUCCAACUACUGCAGUAGUAAAAACAUCUCUAGCUCCAACCGCUCCGAUAACCAAUUUGACCGAAGUACUAACUACCCCAUUACCAACUACGCCGGUAGCAACUACCCCAGUAACAACUACCCAAGUGCCAACUACAACGGCAUCCCGUGCAACAGAGGCGCCACUGACCAGCCCACAACUGUCACUGCAGUUCAGCCUGAUAUCUACCUUCAAUAGCUCUCUGAGCAACAGCAGUUCACCAGAGUUCCUGGCUUUGUCAAAUGAUGUGACUACACAGCUGGAUAAUUUGUUCAAGGCUCUAUUUGGAGUCAGUUUCCUUCGAACUGUUGUGAAUAGUUUCAGGUCAGGGUCAAUUGUGGUGAAUUCUACGUUGAUAUUCAACAACAUCAGCUCAGUGCCCAACGAUAGCCUGGUAGCACAAACUUUACAAACUGCCAUUACUUCCAACACGUCUGGCCUGACCUUGCCUAUCAAUUCAUCCUCCAUUGUGGUCACACGCGCUACUACAAUGACUAAUGCAACCACCUCCGCUGCAACAACUGCUGCUCCAACUGCAGCUGUGACCACCAACACACUAGCAGAUGUCACCACGACCCCUCCGGCAGUGGCCAAAACCACCACCACUGCUGUUCCGGCAGCAACCACCACCACCGCUGUUCCGGUAAAAACCACCACCACCGCUGUUCCGGUAGCAACCACCACCACCGCUGUUCCGGUAGCAACCACCACCACCGCUGUUCUCGCAGCAACCACCACCACCACCGCUGUUCUGGCAGCAACCACCACCACCACCGCUGUUCCGUCAGCAACCACCACCACCGCUGUUCCGUCAGCAACCACCACCACCGCUGUUCCGGUAGCAACCACCACCACCGCUGUUCCGUCAGCAACCACCACCACCGCUGUUCCGUCAGCAACCACCACCACUGCUGUUCCGGCAGCAACCACCACCACCGCUGUUCCGUCAGCAACCACCACCACCGCUGUUCCGUCAGCAACCACCACCACCGCUGUUCCGGCAUUAACCACCACCACCGCUGUUCCGGUUGCUACCACCACCACCGCUGUUCAGGCAGCAGCCACCACCACUGCUUUCGCACCAACUGACCCUCCUUCUUCUAGUGAAGGAACCCUGAUUCUUCGGUUCAGUCUCGAUGAGAAAUUCACCUCGGAUCUUGCCAACCCGUCCUCUUCAGCAUUCAAGGCUCUGGCUGGCAAAGUGGUCUCAGAGGUGAACAAGAUUUUUGCUAGAACCCCAAGCUUCCUUCGUUCCAUUGUCAACUCAUUCAAGAGUGGAUCUGUAGUUACCAACAUGACUCUGGUGUUCAGUAACAAAUCUUCGGUUCCCAGCGCAUGCAGCGCACAGGCAACUUUCACCAUCAGUUCCACCUCCCUGAACAUCCUACAGGGCAGCGUCAAUGUUGAGUCAUCAGUCAAUUCAGGAAGUGCUCCCCGACCCACUGCCUUCUGUCUGGCUUUCUUGCCUCUCACUUUGGCACUGCUAAUGGUACAGUUGCUGGCUAACUAAUAGCCUGUGUCAUAGCUCCUAUGGCAUUUUUUUCACCAAUGAAUUGUUUUCCAGCUCUCAUAGAGACAGCCUUAUGAUUAAGGACCUGCUUUGGCAGAAGAAUGCACAAUGGAUUGUGCCUGUGUUAAUUGGCAAAAUAUAUAUAUAUAUAUUUAAUGUACAUUCCCCCAAGUACAUACACAAACAAAACACACCUAAUUGUACAUUUUGAUGUCAAGUAUGAUAUUUGUGACAUUCCUUAAGAAAUCAUAUCGUUUUUUUUCUGCUAAUGAAUUUUAAAUGCAUAUACCUUUGCUUACAAGUGACUAUAUUUAUACUUAACCAUAUAGGCUCCAAAGACAUUACUUAUUUAUUUGCAUCUUGCACACAGCAGCUUGCACAUGUUUUAUCUGUUAGAUUAAUACAGAAAAUAACUGAAUGAUUAGAAAACCGUUCCUACAACAUGUGACAUCCAAAUCCUAUUGUAUACUUUUUUUUAUUGUGUUAUUUGAUCAUAGUUGCAUUUUUAAUUAUUAACUUAUUGUAACUACUUUAUAUCUGUUUUUAAAUUCACCAAGACCAAAUACCAAAUACCUUUAUGAUAAUUAUAUUUUGAGUCAUGUAAUUGGGUUGAAAAAAGUUUAUUUUUCUCAAAUGUUGUGCACAAAUUUGCUUUCAUCUCUGUUAGUGAGAAUGUAUCCUUUGCCAAGAUAAUCAACCCCCCAUAACAGUUUUCGCAUAUGAACACUUCACAUGUUGCAUUUAUACGUUUGUUCAGUAUUCCUGUAAAUCUAUCUAUUUAUCUGUCAUUAAAUAAGCGUUUUGAAUGAAACAUUAAA